AUGCGAUGGUUAUCUUCGACGAAUCAUAAAGAUAUUGGUACUCUUUAUAUCUUAUUUGGGGUAUGAUCAGGCCUAGUUGGGGCUGGUUUAAGCUUACUUAUUCGUGCUGAGUUAGGGCAACCUGGUGCUUUACUAGGAGAUGACCAGCUUUAUAAUGUCAUUGUUACAGCUCAUGCUUUUGUCAUAAUUUUUUUCUUAGUUAUACCUAUAAUAAUUGGUGGAUUUGGUAACUGAUUGGUGCCACUAAUAUUAGGAGCUCCUGACAUGGCUUUUCCGCGUCUUAAUAACAUGAGAUUUUGAUUAUUACCACCUUCUCUAUUACUACUAUUAUCGUCUGCUGCUGUUGAGAGUGGUGCUGGAACUGGAUGAACAGUAUACCCCCCUUUAGCUGGUAAUUUAGCUCAUGCGGGUGGUUCUGUUGAUUUAGCAAUUUUUUCUCUACACUUAGCGGGUGCUUCUUCUAUUUUAGGAGCAGUGAAUUUUAUUACAACGGUAAUUAAUAUACGAUGACGAGGUAUACAAUUUGAACGUCUUCCUUUAUUUGUAUGGUCAGUUAAAAUUACGGCUAUUUUAUUGCUCUUAUCAUUGCCGGUUCUUGCAGGUGCUAUUACUAUAUUAUUGACUGAUCGAAAUUUUAAUACAUCUUUUUUUGACCCUGCGGGUGGGGGAGAUCCUAUUUUGUAUCAACAUUUGUUUUGAUUUUUUGGUCAUCCUGAAGUAUAUAUUUUAAUUCUUCCUGGCUUUGGGAUGAUUUCUCAUAUUGUAAGCCAUCAUUCUUCUAAAAAAGAAAUUUUUGGUACUUUAGGAAUAAUUUAUGCUAUAUUAGCGAUUGGUCUUUUAGGUUUUAUUGUUUGAGCCCAUCAUAUGUUUACAGUUGGUAUGGAUGUUGAUACUCGAGCUUAUUUUACAGCUGCUACUAUAAUUAUUGCUGUACCAACUGGUAUUAAAGUAUUUAGUUGACUUGCUACUAUUUAUGGAAGUAAAAUUAAAUAUGAAACUCCAAUGCUUUGAGCCUUAGGGUUUAUUUUUUUAUUUACAGUGGGUGGAUUAACAGGUAUUGUGUUAUCAAAUUCUUCUUUAGAUAUUAUGUUACAUGAUACUUAUUAUGUGGUGGCUCAUUUUCACUAUGUAUUGUCUAUAGGGGCUGUAUUUGCCUUAUUUGGAGCUUUUAAUUAUUGAUUCCCACUUUUAAGUGGAGUUACUUUGCAUAGUCGUUGAACAAAAGUUCAUUUUUAUGUAAUGUUUAUUGGAGUUAAUAUAACUUUCUUUCCACAGCAUUUUUUAGGUUUAAGAGGUAUACCUCGUCGUUAUUCUGAUUAUCCAGAUUGCUAUACCGAAUGAAAUGUUAUUUCUUCUAUAGGAUCUAUAAUUUCUUUUACAGCUGUUUUAUAUUUUAUAGUUAUUAUUUGAGAAGCUCUAAUUAGUCAACGAAGUGUAAUUUGAAGACUACAUUUAGUUACUGCUUUAGAGUGAGAUAAUAUUUUACCUGCAGAUUUUCAUAAUGCACCAGAAACAGGUGCAUUGGUUGUAGCUUAG